UCCCGUGCCUCCAGUAGCAAUGUGACCGCUUUCUCGCAAGUUUGUCUCGCUCCCCGCGCGCGCGCCCACCGUCAUGGGAAAUGGAAUGAAUCGGGUUCUACCCGGUCUAUACGUGGGGAACUACCGAGACUCAAAAGAUUCUGCUCAACUAGAUCGUUUCAAGAUAACUCAUAUACUCGCAAUACACGACGCGGCUAAAAAACUGCAUUCCGAUAAGCAUUACCUUUGUGUCUUAGCUUCUGAUACACCAGAUCAGAAUUUAUCGCAAUACUUUUCAUUGUGUAACGAUUUCAUUCAUGCUGCCAGGUUAAGAGGGGGUAACGUCCUCAUACAUUGCUUGGCGGGAAUGUCUCGAAGUGUGACAAUAGCUGUGGCCUAUAUAAUGAGUGUUACUAGUUUAAAUUGGAAAGAAGCACUCAAAGUUGUCCGAGUUGGUAGAUCGGUUGCCAAUCCUAACGUGGGCUUUCAGAAACAGCUGCAGGAUUUUGAAUAUUUUAAAUUGCAAGAGGAGAGAAGGAGACUGAAGGAAAGGUUUCCUAGCUUGGCGUUAGUGGUGACAGACGAGGAGCAAUGUCGAAUAAUGCUCGUCUCUUAUCAGGGUCUUCUACUCACCCGUUCUCUUUGUGAGGGCGAUUGCGCCCUAGGUCAAAUAUGUCCUACUGGCCUAUGCAGAGCUACAUCUAGGAGUUACAGGUCGAGUGGUGGGAGUCGGAAAUCGUCACUACGGACGACCCCGCGGAAGCUGCCAGCGACGCCGGUGGGGUCGCACGCCUGCCUGGCGCGAAGCAGCAGCGCGGUGAACCACCUGGGGAACCUGGGGAGCAUGACGAGCCUCGGGGGUCGCUCCAAGCGGGAGCUGGGCAUGGGGGGUUUCUACGGGUCGGGCAGCGCGCCGGCAUCGCGAGCUGGUUCUCGCCUGGAUGUGUCUGAUAUCGACUCCUCUCCCGUGCCCUCCCUCUACUCGAGCCACCCCAAGCCCAUGGGCUCCCUGUGCGGACCAAGCGUAAGCAGAAUCAACUCGGCCCCGGCCACUCCCCGCGGAUCGCCCACCCCCUGGCGGCGGAGCACCCUAGCUAGCUCUACAAUCGUCGAAAAGCUCGAUUCCUAAUAUUCCACCAAUCGGUGACAUGGACUGCAUAGAGUCGUAAUGUGAAUGGGAGAGACGGCGCCAUGUUCAGGUCGACGAAUUCUGAGCCCGGUGUGUGCCGAGCUUGGGUCACUUUUUCGAUACUUGUUCGAUCUGUAACGGCCGCGUGGAAUGCGUGGUGAUAGAGAAUUUGCAGGUGUCUGAAAUUUGAUGAAUUUCGUGUUUAAGUGAAAACUACUGCGUGAAUUGGACACGAGGAUACUUUGAUUCAUGAAUUGAACAAUUAUUGGAGAAAAUAUGACAAAAUGAUCUAAUCUGCUAAAAUACAUGUGUUUAAAUAGGAAAUACCGCCAGAUGAUGUCACU